UAAAUGGCGAUGUUUCGCGAAUCAAUCGCUGACCAGUAACAUGGAAGGAGUGUGCGAUUUUAUCUUGAUUCUUUGCUGAAAAUCACAUAACUUUUGCUGGUUUAUCACUUUAUACUGUCCAAGACUAUUUUGCUGACAGGCGUAGAACCAUUGGAUCCGUAGACCUCGCAGAAAAUGGGUGAAAGAAAAGGCACAAAUAAAUAUUAUCCACCAGAUUUUGACCCAAGAAAGGGUUCACUUAAUGCAUAUCAUGGCACACAUGCUCUCCGUGAAAGAGCACGGAAGAUUCAUGAAGGCAUCAUCAUCAUCAGAUUUGAAAUGCCAUAUAACAUCUGGUGCAAUGGCUGUGGAAACCAUAUUGGAAUGGGUGUCAGGUACAAUGCACAGAAAAGAAAAGUUGGAAAUUAUUAUACAACUCCAAUAUACAAAUUUCGAAUGAAAUGUCACUUGUGUGAUCAACACUUUGAGAUCCAAACAGACCCAAAGAACUGUGAAUAUGUAAUUCUCAGUGGUGCAAAACGAAAAGAAGAAAGAUGGGAUCCAGCAGUAACAGAAAAUAUUCAAACAACUGAUCGUGAUGUUAAAGCCAAACUCGUUUCUGAUGCUAUGUUCAAGCUCGAGCAUACAAUUGAAGAUAAACAAAAAGCAAAGAGGUCUGCACCAACAUUGGGCAAAAUCAGAGAAAUCAGGGACGUGUGGGAAGAUGAUUUUGCUGUGAAUCAAGCUCUGCGGAAGAAGUUUAGGGAGGAGAAAAAAGAGAUAAACAAACAAAAGUCGUUAGACGACGAGUUCAAGGAACGAAACCUUCUCCCCUCAUCUGUGGACCUGGCAGAGGAAAAUGAAGAAGACAGCAGAUUGGCAAAACGCAUUCGAUAUGGCGAAGAUCUCCGACCUGAUAUUCGCAGCAAAAUAAGGAAAAAAGAUAUCAAAGAAAGCUCGAUUUUCGAAAGCGAGGUUGAUUCAAAAGGGAAGUUAGCAAGACGACUAGCUGGAUUGGCAAAGAAAAAGCAGGUGAAUAUGGUGAAAAAUUCAGUGUUUUCUGGGCAGCCAUCAUUAACUACAGUUAGAGUAGGAAGAAAGAUGGAUGGCAAGAAGGGAGCUUCGUUGACUGAAAACAAUAGUUAUGCUGCAGUUGAGAAAGUCAGCAACAAAGAGAUAACAGUCAAUAGUUUUUCAAGUGCACACUUUAAUCCUGACUCUUUUUCUAAAAGCUCAUCUGUCAUUGACAGUGAUAAUGCAAUUGAUAAAAACAAUUCUCUUCAGACCUCUGAGUGUCAAACGCAUAAUAGCGAAGGUAAGGUAGAUUGUAAUAAUGUGAGCGUGAAAACAUCGUUGGUAAUGGGAUAUGAUAGUUCAAGUGACUCUAAUGAAAUUGAAGACGAUGUUUAAUGCAUAAAGAGAUCUCUAACUAAUGUGCAGUUGCCGAAAUUGUAGUGUCCUAUUUAUAUGGAAAUAAAUUUUGCAAUUAACCUGGCCGUGCAUUUAUCAUUUUUGUUUUUGUACAGUAAUUAGGUAUGCAAUUUGUUAUUCUGUAUAAUUUCUUCUUCAUCACAUCACUUCUUUGGUUUUUAUAACUUAGAACAAUUAUCCCUUCUAUUUGCCCGUUGGCCCAAAUGAACCAAUAAAGCACACUUUUCUUCCUCUCACGUUACUUUCGACCCGCACUUGGAUAUACAUCUCGUCUCACCUUUGUACAUUAUCCGAGAAGUGUCAAAUGAAAAGUACUUUAAAAUA